GUCACCUGGUCUCCGGGGGCGGGGCGCGGGGCUGGAGCGUCGAGUCGGACGCGGGGACUGCGUGCAGCCGGGCGGCAGUGAGCGCCAGCGGGGAGUCGCCAUGGGGCAGAUCGAGUGGGCCAUGUGGGCCAACGAGCAGGCGCUGGCGUCGGGCCUGAUCCUCAUCACCGGGGGCAUCGUGGCCACUGCAGGACGCUUCACCCAGUGGUACUUUGGCGCCUACUCCAUCGCAGCAGGGGUGUUCAUCUGCCUGCUGGAGUACCCCCGGGGGAAGAGGAGGAAGGGCGGCACCAUGGAGCGAUGUGGACAGAAGUACCUGACCGCGGUGGUGAAGCGGCUGGGGCCUCUCACCAGGAACUACUACGUCCGGGCCGUCCUGCACCUCCUGCUGUCCGUGCCUGCAGGCUUCCUGCUGGCCACCAUCCUGGGCACCGUCUGCCUGGCCAUCGCCAGUGUCAUCUACCUGACGGCGGCCAUCCGCGGCGAGCAGUGGACCCCCAUUGAGCCCAAGCCCAAGGAGCGGCCGCAGGUUGGAGGCACCAUCAAGCAGCCACCCAGCAAUCCCCCGCCCCGGCCCCCGGCCGAGGCCCGCAAGAAGCCCAGUGAGGAGGAGGCGGCGGCCGUUGGGGGUGCCCAGGUCAACCCCAUCCCGGUGACCGAUGAGGUCGUGUGACGUCGUCUGUACCCCCAGCAUGGCCGCCAGGGGGCGACUGUGCCCCAAUAAACGCAGUGAACACCUGG